AUGUCGACCACACAGCACCUGCUGCUCUCGCCAGCAGAGCUCGCCUACCUCCACAGCACCCUCAGCCUCGUUCCACCGAUCCGGCCCGACAGCCGCUCCCCCACGCAGUUCCGGCCCCUCACGGCCGAGACGGGCAUCCUACCGGGAACCAACGGCAGCGCGCGGGUAUGCUUCGCUGACGGCACCGAGGCCAUGGUGGGCGUCAAGGCCGAGGUGGAGAAGACGCCGCCGUCGCCGUACGCGCAGGAUGGGAAGCGGCGACGGAAGGGAGACAGCAAACAAGACGAUGCGGAUGAGGCUGAACAAGGUCAAGAAAUCGGCAGCGAUGAGGCGGUGGGAGAGGCUGAUUGGGUGGAGAUGUCGGUCGAAAUCCCGGGGUACAGAGACGACGAUUCGAGUACUGUUUUCUUGGCUACGAUGCUGAGCGAGGCGCUGUUGGCCGACGGCGAGUUCGCGAAAAAGCUUUGGAUCAAUCGGCGCUUUCACUGGAAGCUUUACCUCGACAUCAUACUCAUAUCCCCUCCUUUGUCAUACCCCCUCCCGCUUCUCAGCUUAACAACACACCUUGCCCUGUUGUCCACCCGCCUACCUAGAUUGAAAUCCGAGCUUGACGAAGACCCCAUGUUCGACGACGACUGGGCGGCAUCGACCUUCCUCUACCCGCGGCAACGAAGCAAUCCCUCCAAGGCCCUUUCCCGACCACCUAUCACGCUGCUGGUCAUGGCAGUGGGAAACAACAUCAUAUUUGACCCAUCGAAGGAGGAGUUGGCCGUGGCGGACAGCGCUUUGGCCGUAUCAGUGAGCGAAGGCAAACUCCCGCAGGAAACCGCUGGGGAGCAUAUGGACGUGGACGAAGAAGCAAAGCCUGGCCGGAGUCUGCGUCUCUUAUCAGUCAGAACCAUCGACCCGCCGUCGCGACUGACCCCGCCAGGAGUCCCCAAUUCAGUUAACGCAUCAGCGUGGGGGCAAGACACACCGACAAAGAACCCUGAUGCAAGGACGGUCGAGACGGAGGAUGUGGCAGGCGUGUGGAAGGCACCGAGAGGAGGCGCCAAAUCCGCACUUCUAAGCACUAUGGUACAAACGGUACUGGACCGAGGCGGCGUUGCUGAUGAGGUACUGGAUGCCCUCGAAGGGGUAGAGUUGGGUUAG